UUUUUUUUUUUAUCUAUCAUCAUUCAUUCUCAUCAUUAUACGUUAACAUCAUCAUCAACAUAUAAUAAAAAUUUUUCAACGUCCUAUCUAUUACUAUCAUUAUGAACGCCAUCGACUUUUUAUCCAGUGAUAUUGAAUUUCCAUGUGAUUCAAAUGAACCCAAAUUAUCGGCAAGUCCAUGUACCAAACUACCAGAACCAGUUGAUUGGGCUUUUCACGAUUAUUACAGUACAGUUUUAGAAAAAGCUUUUACACCCAUCAACGGUAUCACUGACAUCACUCAUUUGGAACCUGUUAGAAAUGAAGUAGCUCCUCCUAAUUAUCUCAAGGACUGGAAACAUCCAUCUGUCUUUACUGUGGAAGAUAAACAAGAUGAUCAAGCCGUUGUUGUUGUUUUGACUAAUACUAUUCAACCACCACCACAACCUCAACCACAAAAUACCCUUCGUGCUGCUUUAAGAGGUGCCUUGGAUUUGGUGGAAAUCGAUAUGCAACGAAAUAUGCAUGAUUCUCUUUUAUCUCCUUCUGCUCCUCGUCGUGGUGAUCCCUUUGACAAGGAUUACUUUUUAUCAUGGAAAGAUGAUCUUUUGGCUGAAACUCUUCAUAUUGGUGAAUUGGAUCAAGAUCUAUGGGAUGAUGAUGAUGAUGAUGUAUUAAACAUGGGUCCUGCCUCACCUGCUUAUGAUACCAUCAACGAAUGUCCUAUUUUGGAUUCAUCUUUACCAUCACGUAUCAGUUCUAUUAUGCCUUUAUCGACCUCUCCACCUAUGGCAACAAAUAACACUACUAUUACUACUACUACUGUUAAAAACAACACUAUUGAUUCUCAACAAUUAUCACAACCAUCAUCACCCAUUCCUCAACAAACAGAAAAUACACGUUCUCCUGUUAUGAUGAUCAAUGAAUCAACAAGUACAUCCUCCUCCUCAUCAUCAUCAACAUCAUCAGUGAAAAAAUCAACUACCAAGAACAGCAAAGCAAGAACUUGGAAUGUAUGGCAUAAAGUCAAACAAGUCACUCAACCUCUCAGCAAGCAACUCAAAUCAUCAUCAUCCACAAAAAAUAUCCUCAAACGUUUGUUCCAACAUUAAAAAAAAAAUACUCCUACCUUUUUUUUUUGGCUAUUAUAGGUCUCCUUCUUCUGUGUAUAUAUUCCCUAUUUUUUUUUUUU